AUGUCUCCCACCAUGGUGGAGCACAACGGCCUGGAUAUUAUGUGCCUGAACAAGUACUGUCACAGUUCCUCCUCGUCGUCCAGCUCCGAGCACGACAAGAAGAUUUUCAGCAAACUAAAACUCAGUUUGUCAGAGGAAUAUCCGAGGAAGAACGCAGAGAUCCUCAGCGGCCAGUACGGAACCAAUUUGCUGCUGAUCGGGGCGGCGUUGAUGCUGGCCAUCGCGCACCAUGGCCCCUCUGUCAAGGAAGAGCACCUGCUGUCCUUUGUCACCUGUCUCAUGAUCCUCCAGCUGAUCUGGAUGAUGUGGUACAUCCUGGUGCGGGACAGACAGAAGAACACGCGGACCGAGAAAGAUGUCCACGCCACCACAUGCUGGAUAAGAGGUGGUUUGACUCUCCUUGCACUCCUUUCACUGAUCAUGGAUGCUUUCCGAAUCGGGUAUUAUGUUGGCUAUCAGUCUUGUGUGUCCGCUGUGCUCGGGGUAUACCCUGUCAUCCACGCAACUCACACCAUAGCACAGGUGCAUUUUCUCUGGUUUCACAUCAAGGAUGUCAUCAAGAGCUUUGAAACAUUUGAAAGAUUUGGUGUAAUCCAUGCAGUCUUUACCAACCUCCUCCUGUGGUGCAACGGCGUCAUGUCAGAGGCAGAGCACUUCUUGAACAACCAUAAGAGAAGACUCUCUGCACUGGGCUACGGAAACCUCACUAUAGUGCACUCAGAGCCCCACUGUAACUGCACCACCAGCACUUGCUCCAUGUUCUCCAGCAGUCUCUUCUAUCUCUAUCCCUUCAACGUGGAGUACCACAUCUUUGUCUCCGCCAUGCUCUUUGUCAUGUGGAAGAACAUCGGACGGACCAUUGACCUCUCCUCAAACCGGAAGAGGCUGGCUACCAAAACACAGGGCCUGACAGUUGGCCCGAUUCUGGGUCUACUCGCCCUGGCCAGCACUAUCGGGAUCCUGGUGGUCUACGUCACCCAUGUAGAGGAAUCGCUCAAAAUGCGUCAGUCAGCCAUUUCCAUGUUCUACAUUUACGGCAUUGUUAUGCUGGUGUUCAUGUGCUCUGCCGGUGCUUCAGGUCUGCUCAUAUAUCGAGCGGAUCACGUGCCGCUGGACACCUCCAAGAACCCGUCCAGACAGCUGGACACAGAGCUGCUGUUCGGGUCCUCUAUCGGCUCCUGGCUCAUGUCCUGGUGCAGCAUAGUGGCAGUGCUCGGCGCCAACAGCAGUCCACCAUACCGCUGGACCAACCUCAUCUACUCUCUGCUGAUUGUGCUGGAGAAGUACAUCCAGAACCUCUUCGUCGUAGAAUCCCUGUAUCGCAAGCAAGACGAUGGAGAGAGGGAGGAGCCCGAGUUACCAGCUGCUCCAGAAAUCUUCUCUGUGACGUCCUCUUUGGCCCCGCCGUACAACGGCAUCAUCAACCGAGCCUACGAGACUCCAGACAGAAACUGUAGCACCAUGGAGAACGAGCAGGAGGAGAGCGGACAGGUGUACAGAUGUCCCAGGAAACCUUCUGAGGUGCUGCUGACCGCUGGAAACAAAGUAAAAGAGCCCACAAACAUAAAGAGGCAAAUCCUGAAGAACAUCGCCGUCUUCCUGAUAAUGUGCAACAUUUCGCUGUGGAUCCUUCCUGCCUUUGGCUGCCGGCCACAGUACGACAACGGGCUGGAACAGGAGACAUUUGGCUUCAGCAUAUGGACCACAGUUCUCAAUUUCGCCAUUCCUUUGAACCUUUUCUACCGCAUGCACUCAGUCGCCUCCCUCUUCGAGGUGUUCCGCCGGGUCUGACAGAACAGCAGACGACUGACAAUGUCAGAUAACAUGCACAAGAACACUUGUCACCACCGGCUCCUGAGAGUGUCUCACAGCGCAGGUCAGCCGUUCAGGAGGCAGUCUGGGUCACACUCCAACAGACUUGAAAACAAGCCACGGAGGCACAAACAAAACGUAGAUCCCUCAUUGUGGGGAUUACAGAGGAAGACAAACCUAUUAACCUACGUUCCUUGAAGAAUUGCCUUGUAUAACACGAGGGUUAUUAAAAAUGCUGAUGACAAAGACCUUUGUACUUUUUGUUCUGUGGUCACAUUCCAGUAGGUUUCCCUCAUUGAUUCAUUGUGUAAAAUGUAUAUGCUGUAUCUGACACCCAUGUCUUGUACUGUUUCAUAUAAUUAGCUGAAAGUGUAUAGUAGACUACUCACAAAAUACUGCAGCUAAGACACCCCUGUUAGUCUCUAACAUCUAAUAGUACUGUAUUCAACAGAGCCACAUUGGUGUACCACUUGACCCCUACUUUAUCUGCAUGUGAAAUGUUCAUACUGUCUAUGGAUAUGGUUCUCAUUUGCUUCUCUUAGUAGUUCAAGUCUAAUGGAGUAUGCAACACUUGAGCUACUAAGAUAGUGACAAUUUAAGCUCUAUAUUUUGUAUAUUCUUUACGAGUUGGGCUGUAGUUCUCUGACUCUCAGUCAUUUAAGGUUCAUCAAUGUCCUUUUGUAUGCUGAUUCUCUGUUCUGUCAAGUUGAAUGGUAAGUUAUGUUCAAAAUGAUGUUACUACGUAGCACUGUUUUGAUUACACUGGAGUAUCUGUAUCCACAUUAUAUUGAGAAGUGCUGUGUGAGAAAACAAAUCUACUGUCAAAAAAUGCUUCCCUUCUAAACCCUGAUGACAAAGAAUUCAUGAAAGGUUAUUGUUAUUCAAAUCAUGUGCAUCCAUAUUGUUAAAAGUGGGAAUCUUGUAUCAGAAUACGGCUCCAGGAUUAUUACAGAAUAUAAAAUAAAUGACAACUAAAGAUUGUAUGUUUACACCUGAAAGAUCAGCAAUAAAAGAACGACCUAGUCUGUGAUACUCCUUGUUUCUUUUUUAUAUAUUUUUAAAUAUAAAACACAUAUACUGUAUACUUGUACUGUAUCAUUUUAUAUCAAAUCAAUGUAUAAUUUCAGUCAGUUCUCAACCUGGUGCUAUUCGCUGUAUGUGUUCUCACUAUGUGCCAACUUGUGGUAAAAAUUCUUGGUUUUUUUUAGGUGCAAACUGCAAUAUUAUAUAAUCUUUGUAAAUACUGUCAUGCUGAUUAAAAUCAUCAUUCAGACACUGUGAUACGAUUUUGUGAAAUUCCAAUGAAAUGGUGCUCAUGUAAAAUGAUGUGUACAAUAGUGAUGAGUGUAUAUCU